GUUAUAUUAUCAACGCCGCAGAGGAAACUAACUCAAGGUAAUUACGUUAACAAUAUUACAAUUAUAAUGUUAUAUUUGCUCAAAUUACUAGAUUAUAGUGCAACAAUUGGUUUAAUUAGAGUCAUCUGCUACGGUUACUUCGCCAAUAAAAUAUAUUUUUUUAAUCCUCACAGAUGUGGCUGUGUAACAACAUGUAUUUAUUUUAUGACUGGAAUUGGCGUUGUUUAUACCAUCUAAAUGAAUGUGUCCUUUGUAGGCUUUGCUGGAAAUGGCAAUAGAAUGCUGAUAAAGGUAUAUUAACUAAACAGUGGUUUGUGGGACAUUAAUAAAACUUUAGACCAACGUAUUAGAAGUGGGGGAAAAAAACGACUAAUCUGCAGUCAUAAGAUUGAUGAUAAUACUGACUAUUACCUGAGAUUAUUACCUUAUAAGUUUUUAAUAAUUCUUGCUUGUUUUAAAUCAGGGGUGCCCAUAAGGUAGAUCCCCAGAUGUUGUAGAACUAUAACUCCCAUGACACUUUGCAUGCCUUUAGAAUGCUUUAGAAUGACAAAGCAUAAUGGAAGCAGCAGUCCUAUAACAUCUGAGGGUUUUACCUUUUGGGCACCCCUAUUUUAAAUAAUUGUGGUGGAUAUUCACAAAAUCCUGGUAAUAUGGUAAUAUAGAUUGCUUGGUGAAUUGAAUAAUUUCUACCUUCCAAGUAGCGUCUUGAUAUUUUUUAGUAUUUGAAAAAAUUUUCAAUUAACAUUUUCACACAUUUCCCAUGUAUUGUAUAACACCGCCACCCUUCACAAAAUGUGUAUUUUUAUGUCCUUUAAAGCAGUGUUUCCCAACCCAGUCCUCAAGGCACACCUACCAGUCCAGGAUUUAGGGAUUACCCAGUUGUGUCUAAGGUGUUUUUACAAAGAAGAAAAAAAACACCUUAGACACAACUGGGUAAUCCCUAAAUCCUGGACUGGUAGGUGUGCCUUGAGGACUGAGUUGGGAAACACUGCUUUAAAGUAAUAAUUUUAAGUGUUGGGGUGACAUGCUUGGACGCAAUUGGUUUCUGUUCCUGAAUUCUAACACAUGAUAAGUGUUAAAAGGAUUAAACUAUUAUUUACAGUAAUUCAAGUAAAAUGGAAUAUUAAUCACAGUAAAAAGUCAUUAUUUAUAGGUUUUAUGAGAUUUUAACGGGUUGGGCAAAUAAAUGUAUAUACUAAUAUACAGCUCUUAUUUGAAUUCCUACCUAGAAAUACCAAGCAUCUUCUAAAAAACAAACCCCAAAACACCUGUGGGGGGAAAAAAUCCCAUAAAUCCCCUAGCAAAUGUCACAGUGACUAACCCUACUUUUUAAAUUCCUUAACUGUAGUAGAAAAGUCUGUUAAGGAAUUUUAUUUUAGUUCCUAAAUGAUCAAAUGCAUCCGGUAGGGAAAUUCUAAAAUGUACUAAACACUGAAUAUCAAUUAGCCAAUAGCAAUGAGCUAAAUUCAGCAAAAAAAAAAAAACAGUGAUUGACAAAUAUGCUAGCAUUUCUGAAUUGGUAGUUAGCCAAAUAGCCUAACAUUAGUCUAAUAGUCUUAUUAUUAGUCUAAUAAUUAAAGUAGUCACUGUUCUUGGUGUUACCCACAUUCAGUACCAGACUUUUCUUACCAUACGCAAUCUCCAUAGUUAUCAGUACUUUACGCACAUUGCGUUAAAGAGUUGAAAGCACAUUGCCAUCAGGAGCACAGCAUAGCUAUAAACAAAGCGAAUAUAAUACAUGCAUUUAAAAAACAUAUUGUUGCCACACGACCACCAUUUAGAAGUGAUCUGCAAAACCAAUUACUCUGGAAUAAAAAUAUGCCGAUUUUUUUUUUUCUUUAAAUAUAUUUUUGUGGAAUUCUAAUAUUACUUUUGUAGGAUUUGUCACGGAAAUGUAGAAUACCCAACAUGUAGAACCCUAAUGUAAUCUCAGAAAGCAAGAAAGACACAAUAGUCUAUAUCACUGGUCUUUAGGAUGUCUGGGCAUACAGGAAUCAAUAGGGACACGGAAUGGCGGUAACUGCAGGCAGCAGAAUAGUCAAAAGACAAACCAAGGUCAAUAAAUUGAGAUCAUGAAAUUAAGAGGACAACCCAAGUUCAAAGCAAGUCAAGUUCAAAGAGCAAUCAAGGAUACAAGCCAGGGUCAGAUAAGAGAAAAAUACAAUGGCAGGGAGGUUUAUAUAGCAUGACGAACAGCAAUUGUCAUUCUUACGUUCUCAGAAGUUGCCUCCGUAUUGGAGCAGUUAUGACACAGUUAAGAUGCAGGUGGAUUUAUUAUAAAACAAGAGGCAAUGGGAGCGUCCAGCAUUCAAGGAUAUAUUUUACUUAAAGGAUCACUAUAGUCAGGAAAACAAUACGGUUUCCCUGACACUAUAGUGUCCGGAGGGUGCCCCCACCCUCAGGGUCCCCCUCCCAUGGCGCUGAAGGGGUUAAAACCCCUUCAGCUACUUACCUUUAUACACACGCCAGGCUCCCUCGGCGCUGGUGACCUCUACUCCCCGUCCGACGUCAGUUCCCUAGUAGAGCGGAAUGUGCAUGCGCGGCAAGUGCAAGUUUCUCAAUGCUUUCCAAUGGACGCUCUGAGCGAUGGAUGCGAAAUUCGCAUCCAGCGUCGCAGAUGCGCCUCUAGUGGCUGUCUAGUGGCUGGAUUAAUCCCAAAUGUAAACAUAGCAGUUUCUAUGAAACUGCUAUGUUUGCAUCUGAAGGGUUAAAACCUGAGGGACCUGGCACCCAGACCACUUCAUUGAGCUGAAGUGGUCUGGGUGACUAUAGUGUCCCUUUAACACAGUGUAUUUUUUUUAUUUAAUUUUUUUAUUUUGGACAUUUUAAGGAGGACUCCACUGAAUAUAAAAGUUGAAAGGUUAGUAGGGGAAGAAAUAGAAAACUCAAUUUCUUACUGAUAUAUGAUACUUGGACUUCAUUACAAAACAUGUCUAUCCCUUUAUAUAUAAUUCAUUGCACUUGAAUUGAAAUCAUGUUUGUAUUGUUGUGUAUUGUAUUGUUGCUAAGAUUUUUAUUGUAAAUCAAUCUGGAAAAGAAAGGUGAAUCACGAUGCAAAGACCUUCAUUACCAAUACAUGUAUCCAGUAUUAAGUUGUUGUUUUUUUCUCCCCAAGGUUAGAGUCAUCACAUUCAUCUUCUCAAUGUCUUGGAGAUAGACAUAAUAGCUUCACAAAGCCAAACGUCUUUUGUCAAGAACACAGACUCUGUGCUUUGCCUAUCACCAUCUUUGCUCUUACAGACAGCUUACAAUGACAGCAGAGUCAAACAGUUCUCACAUGUCCUGCGAUGUCUAUAAAGACCUGGAACCUUUCACAUACUUCUACUAUUUGAUCUUCUUGGUUGGAUUCUUCGGCAGUUGCUUUGCACUUUGGGCAUUCACAAGGAAAGACAACAACCAGAAAUGUACUAGCAUCUACCUCAUUAACCUUCUAGUUGCUGACUUCUUAUUGACUCUUGCUUUGCCGUUUAAGAUAGCUGUUGAUCUGGGAGUUGCUCCAUGGAGAUUGAAAAUAUUUCACUGCCAAGUCACAGCAUGCAUCAUUUAUAUCAAUAUGUACAUAUCCAUUAUAUUUCUGGGAUUUGUCAGCAUGGACCGUUAUCUUCAAACAGUAGAAAGCGCAAAGUUGUAUCAAAUACAAAAAAGGGGAUUUGCUAAGAUGAUCUCUACAGUCGUUUGGGCGUUGGUGCUAUCUAUAAUGGUACCAAACAUGUUAAUACCCAUCAAUGACAUACCGGAAAGAGAAAUUGUUGGAUGCAUAGAUUUUAAACAAAAAAUCGGAAGAGACUGGCACGUACUUACAAACUUUAUCAGCAUUGCCAUUUUUUUCAACUGCUCGUGUAUAAUUCUAAUUUCUAAUUGUCUUAUGAUAAAAAGCCUGUACAAGAACAAGGAUUGCGAAGAGUUUGAGAACUUUAAAGAAGCCUUGGUAAAAAUACUUCUUGUGACAGCGGGGUAUAUUGUGUGUUUCCUACCCUAUCAUAUCGUCAGGAUCCCUUACACAUUGAGCCAGAAUGAUGUUAUAACAGACUGCAAUUUAAAGCAGACACUCUUCCAUGCCAAAGAGACCACGUUGCUGCUUUCUGUCUCAAAUUUGUGCUUUGAUCCAAUACUUUAUUAUUUUUUCUCAAAAACAUUUAGAUCCAAGAUCGCUAAAACAUUUUCCAUAAAAAAAGAGGUCAGAUCAGUCAACUCUGGAAUAGCUGUUUGCGAAACAGCCUUAUAAAAUGGAUUCACUAUGAAUCAUUGCUGUUGAGGUUUUCUGUUCAUUUUUGGUUCCAUCAUUUAUUCCUGACACAGUAGCGUCUUCAAAUAAAACAUCCAGGAUAUGCUGAAACAUCCUCAAAUAGAUGUAGCUGUAGAAGCAAUAUGACUGACUCUUCGUUUUUUUUAUUUCACAUAAAAGAAAAAAUGUCCGGUGAGAUGUUUAAUUAGGUAGUUUGGACAAGGAGUAAGGAUAUUUUGAAUGUAGGACUUACCGCUGAAGUUUGUUUGUGCUAUGUUGUACUACCACCUCAUGCUACAUUUGGUUAAUUAUUCUGGUUUUCCAAAAUAAAUAAUGACUAACACGGGACACAUCAGUUCUGUACAAUACUUCAGGAAAGUGGAUGCCUGGUUAUCUUCACAAGAUCCUUGUGUAUAACAAAAUUGGAAGUUGUGAUUUCAAUUUAGUAAAGAAUAAAAAAAUAUAUAAUAUUAAUGCCAAAUGUUGAACAUUUGUGGACCAAAAAUAUGUGCACGUGAUGGUGGGUAUUUUGGCAAUGGGCAAUUUUAUUUGUACUCUUAAGAGUUUACAAGUUUCAGAAAGUGUCUCUACCCAAACAGUUGUGUUAAGGUUCUUUUGAUCUUUAUCAUAAGUUAAUUAACUAUGCUCAUGUUUACAUUGAUGUACUAAUGAAUCAUGUGCUAAUUAAACUAGAAAUAUUUCCACACUGUGCCUUUGCAAAUUGGUUUUUAAUUACUUAAAAGUUACUAUAACCCUUUUUCACAAUGAGGAUUUUUAAAUUUAGAAUUCCCUACUGGGCAUUAACUGUUAACUAUGUCUACACCCUUUUUUUAUCAUAAAACUCUUUAAAUAAGAUAAAACAUCAUGUUUGUUGUCAUACCGCGUCACUACAAGGUCCAAUCACAUGCUUCUUAUAGAAAAGCAUUUAAUUGGGCCAUUCUCCUAGGCUCAGAGCACAUGUGUGUGCUCAAAGCCAGGGAGGGGAAGGAGUGGGGCUGUGGACAACGGGCAGGUUUUCAAUAUAUAUAUAUAUUUAUUUUUUAAAAAGGAAAUGCAGGG